AUGGAUGAAAUAGACGACUUUUUCGGAAAUAACGACUUGGAUAAAGCGGAGACUUCAACGGAAGACAAUAAUGACGAAGGUUGGCUGACUUUUUGAACUCAAAUAGUUCAAUACUUUAGAAAAUGCUGGCGAGGGAGACGGAAAACGAACAAUUCAGCCCAAAUUGCUGAGGAAGAAAAUCACGGUACAAUCGAUACUGAAAAGAAGUCAACUGGAAAAUGUUUCCAUUUUCAGAAUCCUCGCUUGGCAUUGAACGAGUCGAUGCUAACUGGUCCAAAAGGAAUUCCAGCGAUGAAAGAGGUGUUCAAGGAUUUCAAGCCAAACCCGAAAGAUAAUCCAGUAUGCUCAAGAUGUUAUCUUUUUUUAGAUAUUAGUAUUUUCAGUACGUGAAUCUUGAAAAAAUGAUGAAAAAGUAUGCGUAUUGGGGUCACCUGAUGUUCCCGAAGAUGAAGACAGAAGACGUUCUGAAUCGUGUCGAAACUCUGGGAACACGACGACAAGUGAAGUUGUUUUUAGCGAAGCAGAGACUGGGAAUAUCAGCAGAUGAGGUAGAAGAAGAAGUGCAGAAAAAGACAAGCAAAAACGGAAUAAUCGACGAUGGAGCUGAUGAAGAUGGUGAGCCGAUGGAAGCUGAAACUGAAGGACUCUUCGGCGAUGAAAAGGAACUAGGUGACCUUGAGAAACGCUCCUUUCUCGGUGCAAUACAUAAAUUUUUAGAAGUUCCAACUUCUACCAAAUCUCCUCCGAAAAAGCCAGCAGUAUCACCGGCCAAAGACGCAGAGCAAAUUGAUCCGGACGAAGAGGAUGAGUACCGAAUGAUGGAGGAGGAGAAGCUCAGAGAAGAGCAAGAAGCGAAAGCGGUCGAAGCAGAAGACGAGCUGCUCGCCGAUUUCGACUUGAACAACGACUGGUGA